CUCUCUCUCUCUCUCUCUCUCUCUCUCUCUCUCUCUCUCUAUUACUUUACUUUACGUUCGGCUGCAUUCAAAGCUAACUUCACGUAGUUGUAUCUAUCAGUGCUCUCUUUUGGGUGUGGUCUCCUAUUACUGCUACAGACAGGCAGACGCUUCACCAGCUUCUGUCAACUAACCUACUUCUUUAAUAAUUUAGCGUAGUGCAUAAAUAUAUUCAUGUGAAUUAUGAUAUUCAGUUAGUUGUGCUUUUACAAGUUCAUUAAUCUUGCACAUUUCUGUGACCCGUUAUGUCUUGUAACACUUGUUUGAUCUCGUUUAUUUUAAAGCGACUCUCUCGAUCAACUCUGCCUUCAGUAGACCAAUAUAUAUAUACGGCUGCUAGUGGUAGUAUUAAGUUAAAUUUAUAAAGCAGUUUUUCAAGUUUGUUUUAAUCAGUAGCAACUUCUACCAGUCACCGCGUUAGUGCGCGCGUGCGCGCGUAUUCCAUCAGUGUAUAGACCGAAAGAACAUAGUAUUAAGUAUUACACCCUACGUGAUUUUCAUGCGUGGUAUUAGUUAAGUGCAUCAUCAGCUGCUCUUGUAUAAGCGGACUAAAGUGUUAAAAAUUACUAAAGUGUCAUUCAUUUAUUGAAAGUGGCAGAAUACGAUUGAAAAGUUCAUAGCAAAACUAAGCAGAUAACUAAACCAUAAGGAAUAGAUAUAUUAGUCAACGUGAUCAAACAAAAAAUUGUUGCCGUGUUGGUGCUUAUCAACAAAAGCUCUUGAAUUAAGAAAAGGAGAAAGAGGAGAGAUAGAGAGAGGGGGAAAGAGGGAGAGAGAUUGCGCGAGCGAGAAGGAGGGAGAGAGAGAGGGGUGUCAACAGUUGUGUCUCAAGCGAAUAUGGAAGCAGCGGUGUAUAAUACGGUUAUUGUACUAGUUGAUUUCCGGAGCUAAUGCAAAAGCUUGCAGCAAGUAAAUUUUUGCUAUCGAACGACAUAUAUAGUUUUUCUAUACUACGUAACAGGAACCUAAUCAUAAAGAUAUUAGCCGAUGCGUUCGUUGACGCUAGAUCUAACGAAAUCUUGAUUCCUCAAUAUCCGUUUACGAGAAUGCCGAUGAUAUUCUGACACUGGCUGGAAGGAGGUUUUUAUGUAGCAAACGUUGCUUAAAAAAUAUAUAAGUACUAUACAGUAUCGAUUCGGUGUGAUAUCCAGGUAUUAGAAGAGUCAAUGCUAAAUCAAUAUCAAAGCAGACAAGUCAAGCUUUGUCCAAAGAGCCGUUGCUGCAGUCAAGUAUAACACCUGAAUGAGCAGGUGGUUUCAUAUCCUACACACGAUUUAGAAAACAACUUGAAAGAGCUCAUCAAUUAAAGCACAAUUCAGCUUUAUUUUCUACUCUUUGUUAUCAUCAGUUGGAAGUCACUGGUUUAUAAAUCUAAUAACUAAUCUAAAUAUUCUUACAAUGAAUGAAUUGGAUACUCUUCGCCAAGAGGCAGAAACAUUAAAAAAUGCAAUCAGGGAUGCUCGAAAAAUUGCAUGUGACACAACUCUGGUUCAAGCAACAGCAACUAUGGAACCAAUUGGUCGAAUACAAAUGCGUACAAGGCGUACACUUCGCGGACACUUGGCUAAAAUAUAUGCAAUGCAUUGGGGAAGUGAUUCAAGAAACCUCGUAUCCGCAUCACAAGAUGGCAAACUAAUAGUGUGGGAUAGUUAUACAACUAACAAAGUCCAUGCUAUACCCUUGCGGUCAUCAUGGGUAAUGACAUGUGCUUACGCACCUUCUGGCAGUUAUGUAGCUUGUGGUGGAUUAGAUAACAUAUGUUCUAUCUACAGUCUUAAAACAAGAGAAGGCAACGUCCGAGUGAGCAGAGAACUUCCAGGGCAUACUGGAUACCUCUCCUGUUGUCGAUUUCUUGAUGAUAAUCAAAUCGUUACAAGUUCCGGAGAUAUGUCAUGCGCCUUGUGGGAUAUUGAAACUGGACAACAAUGUACAUCCUUUCUUGGGCACACUGGAGAUGUUAUGUCCUUGUCUUUAGCGCCAGAUAUGCGAACAUUUGUAUCAGGCGCAUGCGAUGCAAGUGCUAAACUCUGGGAUAUUCGUGAAGGAUCAUGUAAACAAACUUUCCCUGGACAUGAAAGUGAUAUUAAUGCAGUCACGUUCUUCCCUAAUGGAUUUGCCUUUGCGACGGGUUCAGAUGAUGCUACUUGCAGAUUAUUUGAUAUACGAGCAGAUCAAGAAUUAGCAAUGUACAGCCACGAUAAUAUAAUUUGUGGCAUUACUAGCGUAGCUUUCAGCAAAAGCGGUCGAUUACUGCUUGCUGGUUACGAUGAUUUUAAUUGCAACGUUUGGGACUCUAUGAAGACUGAACGAGCCGGGAUUCUGGCCGGACAUGAUAACCGUGUAUCCUGUUUAGGCGUUACGGAAGAUGGCAUGGCUGUGGCAACUGGCUCUUGGGAUUCUUUUUUGCGUAUCUGGAACUAAUCAUCGUCAUAUAUUCAAAUGUUCCUUAAGAAAUCAAUGACACGCAAUGAAUAAUGAACGUCAUAAUGUAUCAAAUAAGCCAUAUUAUCCGGUGAAUGGCAGGAAAACUAAUCACCAAAUACGAAAAAGCAGGUAGUGCAAGAAAAAAGUGUUAAAGAAUUCAGAAUGAAUGCCAUCUUAGCAAUCUGUGCCAGAUUGAAAUAAUAAAAAAUCUCAAAAAGAAUUCGUCCUGGAAGAUUAUGAAUCUAAAACUCGGUUUCUCUUGCGGGUCGUGUGAACAGAAUCUCGGGCUUGUGCAUACGCACAUAAAUAUAAAAACUUGACUGCCGUGACCGCGAAACAAUAGACCGAUCGAUAAGAUCGUUUAAUGCAACUGCUACAGUCUUACGUGACUUUAGUCAUUUAUUAUAAUGAUACAAAGUUCGUAACGCUCAUUAUAAUAAUGAUGACAAUGCUUAAGAAAAUAAUUAGAAGCAGCAAAAUGUAAGAAUAAGAAUUAUAUGAGAAAAAAUUCAUAAACGUGGUUUAGGCAAACAGAAAACUAAAAGACUUUAUGCAGAAAGACCAAAGUCACUAUCAUUAUUGUUAUAAUCGUAUCAUUUUUUCACCUCAAAAAUAAAUUUUUGGAAAUUUUUUAUCUAUUAUCGUAGCUUUUCUCUCCUUAAGUAAAAGUACAUAUAAUUACAAGAAGUAUUAUCAUUACAUAACUAUAAAUCCAAACCUAAAAACAACAAAUGAUUUCUUCCAAAUCAUUAAAUUUUGACAAUGUCAUCAACAAAUUUUAUUUAUAUUUAACAUUUUUUACUUACAUGUGUAAAUCAGAUUAUAACGAUUAAAAACAUGAAAAAUAAGGGGAGAAAAGAAGCGACUAAUCAAAAACUGCUCUGUAGAAAAAUUUAGGUGUUUUCUACUAAUCUAAAGUAUUAAAAAAAAAAUACUAAUGAAAUGAAAUAAUUAAUAUCGUGUAAGAGCGAAGAAAUCAAGGGAAAAAAAUGUACGGUCAGAUAUUUUAAGUGUUUGUACAAGUAAUGCGAGAGUAUGAAAAAUUGUAAUGAAGCGUCUAAUAUUCUUGGCGCUAAAUAAAUGAGAAAAAUCUUAUAGAUCAAACAGCACACGUACCGACUAAAGCAAGAAACUCCUUAAUAUUUUUUUUCUUAGUUUAAUACUGUAAAAGCCAGCUUAUUUUCGGAUCUUACCUUAAUAUGCGAGUUAACCUUUUCACACGUUUUUUAAUUGAAAAAACUAGUUGCUCGAUGUUAGUAAAGACUUUCAUAUGCGAUUGCUCUCCCGUUCUCUCUUUCUUUCAUUCUUCAUAUUGUCCUGUUAAAAACAUACGCGCAUACAUCCAUACGCACAUACUAUUUUAUUUUACAAAAAAGUAAAUAAAAAACUAAUAUAAAUGAAGCAGAAAUAAUAAAAUGAUUAACGCUGUACUAUUUAUUAUUCUUUCAUAACAAACCAUAUCGAGAUUCAUGUAAGCAUAUAAUUAUAUACUGCAAGUGUAAAGUAAACAAUGUAAUGUUCAAAGCAGUAUUGUAUAUUUACAUAAGUUUAGACAUUAAGAAAAUUAACGCUGGCAAAAAGAAUCAGUAAGAGCUUAAUAUAGGUUAUUUAUUUUAUCAUUCAAAAGCUUGAUUCUGUAUCAGGUACUUAUUAUAAAUAUUUUACAAAAAAAAGUUUGGAAUCUAGUCCCGAAAUCUGUUCUUAUAAUUUUUGCCAAAAAUACGUAAUAAACUUAAAUUCGCAAUUGCAUCCAAAGUAAAUUUCUUUAUUUAAUUUUAUUAAUAAAAAUAUCAGACUAUUUCAUGUAAGGCUAUUACAUUCAGAUUUAGUGUGACAUUAAAAUAAAUACGACACUAUUUACUCAGAUAUAGGUUGAGUUGCGGUACAUCUUUUUUUUACCGAGACUAUAUAGCUGCCCCGUGAUAGAAAAUAACCUAACACCUCAUAAUUUUACUUGACCGACGGUUGGUAUAUUGAUGGGUUCAUCUAAGUUAAUGGAUCCUGACAAAUCAAAAAAUGUAACCUAACGGAUGCGUAUUAUAAAUCUUAUUUUAUAAAUUUAAUAUAAUAAGUUAUGACUAAGUUAUCUGCAUAGUAAUCGAUCUUUUAAAACUAUUUUUAUGAUAUUAAAAUUGUGCUGUCCGCUGAUCAACAAUGGCAGGUUUUUUCUAACGAAAAGGCGAUUUUCUAGGCUACAGAAAUUUUAACUUUUAUCUAAGGUAUGGUAUAUAAUCGCCGAAUAUUUUGUUAAUGUUUCUGCUGGGUAGUAGUCGAAUUCAAUCGCUAAUGGACUUGGAAAUAUAUCUGGUAUUUUUUUUCCUUUUUUUUUUUUUGAUUGUUUAUUUAAAUUUAGCACAAAAUAUAAAGUGCGUAUCAAUUUUAAGGACAAUGACAGUUUAAGCGUUGCAAAUAUAAAAGUGAGAGUGAAAGAGAGAGAGAGAGAGAGGGAGGAGAGAGAAAAUGGGAAAAUUUAAAGAGAUCAUUGCAUUUAGAUGAGUAAUUAGAAAAUUGUUAAACAAAAGCAUUAACAGAUGAAAGGCAAGUAAAGAAAUCUUUUCUGCUUUUAUACAAAAUUUGGUUAAUCCAUCCCUAGCGUAUCGAUAGGAUGAACAUGGUACUAUGCGAUUAAAAAAAUAUCCAAACUCAUGUUAUUAACUACAACAGUACAUACAUUCACAUGCAAAAUAUACCAAUCUGUAAACAAAAGCAGCAGAUUUUCCGCUUUUUCCGCAGAAAGUAGCACAUUUCACACUCACGGCGCAGCGAAUAUAGUAGAUUUCUUGUUCUUUUUAUAUUUAUUCACAAAGCUUUAAGGUAGAAAAAGAACACGAUGCGACCAAUGCGCUGUGAAAAAUUUCAUUGGAUUUGUAGCAGUUUGAAUAAACUGUCGGUAAAAACAGACAAACGAUUUUUUCUCGUCAUCGGCCUUCUGAAAAAACUGAAAAUUUCGAAGGUCAUACUCUUUAUCGUUUAUUGUUUUCGAAAUCACUUAAACUUCGACGAACUUUUAAAAAAAAGGAGAAAUGUGCUAUAGUCGACGCGGCAAAAUGUGAAAUAUUUUAGUCUAUAAAAAACUUCUAAAAUAUAUUACUUUUUGUUGGGAAAUUACACAUCAUAAGUUGGGCCUUUAUUCAAUGUUACUUUCUAAGGUUUCAGUAUAUUAAUUAAAUGGCAGUGGUCAAUAACAACAUGUUUUGUUCGCUGAUUUUAAUUUAUAUUUGUUUUAUUAAGUGAUCUUCGUUACAAUAUUAUAAGAGUGAUUCAGAUCAUAUAACUUUAUUUUUUACAGCUUGUAUAAAAGAAAAUCACUUAUAUUCAAAAAUAUUGCGUUUAUUGUUUAUAAUACAUGCGACAUACACGCGCGAGCGUGCACACAUACACACAUACACGCCCAGACACACGACGUCAAGUUCUGUAUUCACUCACUGUUAGCUCAUUUACCAAAGAUAAAAAAUGCGACUAUAUAGUGAAUAAUCAUGCUUUAUUUGUAAUAACAUUAACAGAUGUAUUCUGUUUGUAAUUUUUUUCCUCAUUGAUUUUUAUGUAAUAAUUAAUAAACUUUAUACCUUAA